AAUUGUCUUUUUACAUCAAACGAUAGUCGUAAUUAUUACUUAGCCAUUCAUGUUGGUUUUUAUGAAAGUUUAAACAAAGAUCAAUGUCGAUCGAAAUUUCCAUACGUUUAACAUAAUUCGUUUACCCACCGAUUGUAAUAAUGUAUGGACUUGUUUGAAGUUAAAGUAGACACAGAAUUGGACAUUGUUUACGUACUUAACUUAGUAAAAUGUGGUUCUUAUUGUGUUUGCUUUAUAUAUUUUUCAUGGUAGUUUGUGACGCUAACUAUUUUAUUCGGGCGUAUUUUACCGUGAUCGGUAGCAGAUUGUUUAACAGCACAAUAACUAUCAAAGAUACUGCCACUAUUUACGGUAUUUGCACACUACAAGAUUGCGACCUCACUUUCACUAGUAUUCGCCUAGCCAGACUAGUGAGAGACCUGGACUUUGCCCGCUACCAGUUCUAUGAUCGCACGGGCAUAUACCAGCGGAGCCGGCAGCUUCGUAUCAAAUCCUUGCAGGGAUCCACACUCACUCUGACUUCGGAACCUGUGCCGCUAUUUCAAAUAUACAGAAUAGAUACGAAGCUCAUAUAUUGGGACGACCGUUCCUUGUUCUUCGAACACAAAGUCACCACCACAGGGGACGGCAAAGUUCGGUCCUUUCUAGUCUCCCGGCAGCACGCUAUCGGGGAGAACGGACAUUCGACCGAGGCCCUUCUCGAGGGUCUGAGGGGUUCCGAGAUGAGACCGACGUGUCCUGACUACAUUCAGCUCUGGCUGAAAAGUAUGGAUAUAUCUAGUAAAACGUUGAGAGUUUGA